GGCAGUGGCUACACUGGAGGAAAGCACACCCAGGUCUCACAUUAAAGAAGCCAAACUGUCUGCUUCAAAGAAAAAAGGCAACAUCCUGUCACAGGCCAUGCUCUGGCAAAAAUCCACAGCGCCAGAUCAAGCCCCGGCCCCGGCCCGGCCGUACCAGGGUGUCCGCGUGAAGGAGCCAGUGAAGGAACUGCUGAGGCGGAAACGUGGCCAUGCCAGCAGCGGGGCGGCGGUGACACCGACCGCGGUGGUGCUGCCCCAUCAGCCCCUGGCCACGUACACCACAGUGGGUCCUUCCUGCCUUGACAUGGAGGUCGCUGCCUCCACCGUGACGGAGGAGGGGGCCCUGUGUGCCGGCUGGCUCUCUCAGCCUGCCCCUGCCACCCUCCAGCCCCUGGCCCCGUGGACACCCUACACUGAGUAUGUGUCCCAUGAAGCUGUCAGCUGCCCUUACUCAGCUGACAUGUAUGUGCAGCCGGUGUGCCCCAGCUACACUGUUGUGGGGCCCUCCUCUGUGCUGACCUACGCCUCCCAGCCACUCAUCACUAAUGUCACGACGAGAAGUGCCACCACACCCACAGUGGGCCCCCAGCUGGAGGGCCCAGAGCACCAGGCACCGCUCACCUACUUCCCGUGGCCUCAGCCCCUGUCCACGCUGCCCACCUCCACCCUGCAGUACCAGCCUCCGGCCCCAGCUCUGCCCGGGCCCCAGUUUGUCCAGCUCCCCAUCUCUAUCCCUGAGCCAGUCCUUCAGGACAUGGAAGACCCCAGGAGAGCCAUCAGUUCCCUGACCAUCGACAAGCUGCUGUUGGAGGAAGAGGAUAGCGAUGCCUACGCGCUCAACCACACGCUCUCCGUGGAAGGCUUUUAGGGCUGGCUCCCACCUGAGAAUCCUGCUCCCUGAACCUGGGAUUGAACCUCAGAUUUCUAUCUGUAUGGAGCAGCCAUUUCUUAACUACACUUUUUACCCCAGAGUAGAAUUGCAAAUUGACAUCCUUCCUCUCUCCCUCCUUCUCUCCUUCUUUGUUUCCUUCCCUUCUUUCAUUCCUCUCUUCCUCUCCCUUUCUGAUCCCCUUCCCCCAUUUCUGUUCCUUUUGGGGAAGGAAUGCUAAGGAUUUUAGAGGGAAUAUUUGAUGGCAUGUGUUGCAGAUCUGUGGUCUGGGUAUUUUCAUUUCUGCCAUGUUUCUUUCCUGGAGACCACCCUUCUUGGGGUGCUCACUACUUCUAGAGCUGCCCUCUGUCAUUUUGAAAUGUAUGGGGUGCCCUGUGGAAAAUGGCCCUGCCAGCACCUUCGAGGCCAGACCCAGUGCCACAGUUCUUGAGCCCUGAGUUCCCACAGUUGCUCCUCUGUAUUGCCAUUCUCAGCAUUGGCCAGAUUUGCAGUCUGCACAGCAAGGUCUCAAGGCCUAGGGCCCAGGGGGUGGGGGAGACAAAGCAACACCAGCCCUGGUCGGUGUGGCCCUGUUGAUUGAACAUUGUCCUGUGCACCAAGGGGUUCCCAGUUUGAUGACUGGUCAGGGCACAUGCCCCGGUUUCAAGUCCAGUCUCGGUCAGGGUGGGUACU